AUGACCAGUUUAGCUGCAAAGAUCAAUUCACUGGUUAAAGCCGAAAUUAAUCUGUCUUCAAACAGAGCAGUCCUAAAUGAUAGUUUUUUAUCGGAUUGGGAAUCGAAUUGCGUGAAGUUGGUGACUGAAAUAAAUGGCACCGAGGACUAUAAAACUAAGAAAGAUAAAUUGCAAGCGUUGUUCUUUGACGUUCUUCUUCUUACCUCAAAUGCAGCUACUGAUGUAUCCAUCGACAUAAGAUUGAUGGGAUCGCUCAUUGCCGAUGUAUGUGCCUCUGACAGAAAUAGGAGCGCAAAGCUUUUCAUUUCAAUGGUAAAUAGCUUCCCGGAAAAAUCCGAUAGACUUGGAAGCCUUUUGACAUCUCUCACCGGUAUGGAAGAUGCCUUGUGCACAUAUGUUAGCGAUGAUAAGCUACUAGAAAGAACGGGGAAAUUCACUUCCAAACAAAGAUCUAUGUUUAAGAAGUGUCUCCUUGAGAGCAGAUACAUUAUAAAGAAAUACAACCUUUUAUGUGAACAUUCAGUUGGAUUUUCAAGUCUUAUAACAAUGCUAAUAGUCGCAUAUUGUGAUCCCGAUAAAAAUAGUAAGUGCAAAUUCUAUUGGAACCAAUUGCAAUACAUCAUAGGGAAAUAUUCGUUAGACCCCAUCCGCGCUUUAGACGUCAUUUUAACGGUUUCUUCCCAAUACAUCACACAUGAUCAUAAAUUCUUCAUCUCCUUGUUGAAAAAGUCUGAUUACUGGCCUCAUAAUAUUGCAAAUGCGUUAAACGCGGAUCAGUUACAUGUAGGAGGAAAUAUUACUGCUGCUCAAGUUUUGGUGUUUCACCUGAAGGAGCUGAACCCUAGCAUAGAAUAUUUCGAUAUGUGCUGCAUAUUAAUCAAAUCAGGGUUUGUAUCUUUUAUGUCAAUAUUUGUCAACCUAGGCCCCGAUGAUGCAACCAUUACAAGCUUUCUAAACGACUAUUACCAUCACUUGGAAGCUGAGAGUAUGAAAGGUGUAUCGAAUCCCCUGGCGAUGGCAGCCGCUCUUACAGAUGACACCGACGAAAAUGGCGAUAUAUCGAAGAGUAACAAUGAUGAAGACGCCACUAAAAAAGUACAAGAGUCAGAAAAUGAUAAGACAAAUGAAGUUCCGUUAAAUAAGCCAGCACAAAUCUUGAGCACUGGCAAAAUGCUGCUUUUAGAAAGGUUAUUAGCGCAUGGGCUUUACCAUCCCCUCUUUUUCGCGUAUGAAAAAUACCCUAAUCUCAUUUUUUUGAGUGACAACAUUGUUAAGCUAUUGGCGAGACUAUUUGAGUUUAUGAUUGAGCCGCUCUACUCAAAAGUAGUUUUUAAUUCCGGAGUUUACAGUGACUGUGGCAGUGCUCAUGAAUCUUCUGUUUCACGUAAAAUUUGCUUCCACAAGUAUACCACUCAUGAUAUUUUUCGACACGAUGAAAUAAAUACUAAAUUUGCCUUUUACUACCAAGAAUGGUGUGAAAAUCUACAAAUAGCACUAACGACUGGUGAUCUUUUCAGCCUUUCCCAUGAAUUUCUCACGAUGUUAGGCCCUCAUCUCGGAAAAUGCCCGAAUAUUAUCACAAAGCUUUGCAGAAUCGGUUCGAGCGAUCUUCAAAAACUCAAUGAGAGUGAAAUGCUUCAAAAAUGGAUCGACUUUUUCAGAAAGUUUAUUUUCCCCGCAUUACCUCUUGUAGAGCGUAACGUAAUCGUUAUCAAUGAAGCUUUCGGUUUAAUGAAGAGAUUUCCAUUCGAAAAAAGGUACUACCUUUACAAUGAGAUGUCUUCGAAGCUUUCAGAAGAUAAUCUGUUCAUCAAGGUCGCUUAUAAUAAGGCUCAAAGGGAGGCAAGGAGUGCACUGAAGUCAUUAAGCAUUGAUAACAUCAAUCAACAAGCCAAAAAAAUUGCAAGACUGAUUUCCAGUAAUCCCUUGAGCACACUGAUUCCAACUGUUAAUCAAAUUGAAAAUUACGACAAAGUUUCUGAUUUGGUGGUGACCACCUCGGCGUAUUUCAAUGACUAUGCAUAUGACGUCCUCCAGUAUAUUCUCCUGUCCAAAUUAUCAUCCGGACGCCAAGCUGUCCAAUCGGAUGGCGUAAACCUGAUGAUGUGGGUCCAAAGACUUGCGGUGUUCGUAGCAAGAUUAGCAAAAAGCUCACCAAAAAUGGACAUUACGAAUAUCAUCGCUUAUGUGAUAAAGACUUUACACGAAGGCAAUGUAAUCGCGAUAACGAUCUUGAAAGAGAUCAUCUUGAAGGUUGGUGGUAUUAAAGGGUUAAACGAUAUCAAUACAAAACUACUUCUUAUGUUGAACGCAGGAAAACCGCUUCAGAUUGCUGCUAGGCGAGUUAUCCAAGACACGAGAGAUCAAAAUAUGAGCCCUUCGAGAAAAAUAUUAGACAUAUUGAUUAAAAGUGGCUCACUCUCCGAAGUCAUACUACUGCUAUACAACUUGAACAAGGAUGUCAAUGUCCAAGCAACACACUAUAAAAUAUUGUCCACAAGAUGCGACGAAAUGAGCUCUAUUCUAUGGUCUUUUAUUGAAAUGGUAAAGCAUUUUCUCAGCGAACAAUCUUUCGAAGCCAACGUGUUAUCCUUUGAUCGACUUAUUAAUGAUUACGGAGUUUCUACAGAUUGGGCAUUUGAUAUAUGGAGAAGUCAUUAUGAACAUCAAUCCUAUUCUUCUGACGACUUAACUGGCAGUUUUGACAGUGUGAUAGCUAGAGCAUCGUUCCGAAAUGUUGAUUUCAACAUAAUUGACAGAGAUCUUUUCCUAACGUUUUGGAGGAUUUCCCUCUACGAUGUAUUUUUUGAGCUAGAACUCUACGAUGAGGAAAAGAAACAUUUGGAGUCAGAGUUACAAAAGGCUUCAUCGAAUAAGGAACGAAAUGAGAUUUCAAAAACUGUCGAAAAUUUAAUGGCAAGUUGCAUUGCCCAUCAGAAAUCUUAUCAAAAAAACAGGCAAAUUUUGUCAGAUAAGACUUCGAGGUGGACUGAAAGUCUCGCCAAUGACAAUGUGGCCUCGUUUUUACAAUACUGCAUAAUUCCGAGAGUUUUAUUCUCUCCUUCCGAUGCGCUUUUCACAGUUUACUUUAUCUUUGAAGCUCUGGGGUAUGAAAAUGUCCUGAAGAUCUUAGGAAUGCUAGUUAGGUCAAGGAUUUUAGGCACGCUACUAUUUUGUUCAACUAGCUCUGAAGCCAGUAACUUAGGCUUAUUUUUCAAAACUUUACUCGAAAGAAUAGAAGUGCUCAGGGAGACUCAACCCUUUGAUAAUGACUCCUUGAGGGAAUUGUAUGAAUUACAUUCUGUUAUUGAUGAGGAUAUCAUUGAUUUACUUUCGGAGAAAAACUAUAUGUCAAUCCGUAAUGGUAUUGAGUUCAUGAAACACAUGUCUUCGGUGUUUCCAAUAGUUCAUGCUCACAUCAGUCGUCUCAUCAAGACAAUCGAAAACAAUUUAAUUAACGAUGACAGAGAAGAUAUAAGACUGCCUAGUAAUGCACUUCUUGGACACCUUAAGGCUCGCAUGAGAGAUGCAAUUGAAAUUCAAGAUCUUUUUGAGCUAAAUGAUGAAGAAAGACGACACCAUCGUUUGGAUGAAAAACAAGAAAUCACUGAUUUCGAGAAUAGCUUAGCGGCUGAAAAGAAGGAAGCAGAGACUAAGGAACGCCUGAAAAGGGAAGCAGAGGGAAGGAAACCUUCUGAGAAAGAAAAGCAAAGAGCAAAGGAGCAAAUCGACCUAUCCUUACCUUCGGGUCCAUCCCGAUUUGGAAAGACACCUGCACUACCAAUGUUUGAAAUCCUUAAUGAAAUGUGGGAUGUCAUUGGCUGCUUGGAAAGGAAUCACGUCCUUUCUCUUAGUCGCUACAUUAGAAAUCGUAAGGUACUCAGCGAGCUCCGUAACAUAGAAGAGGAAAAUGUGAACUCAUUACAGGCUUAUAGAAAGAAACUCGCCGAGGUUCUUGAGGCAUACUUCAAAAGCUUAGUAACUUUCGAGGAUCACGAAAAGUUCAAGCAAGGUUUGGAGAGUAUUUUAGUUGCGUGUAAAACGGUAACAAACCCAUAUCGGACAUCUUCCAAUACAGCCCAUCAUCACAACCGAGAAUCAUCGGGGAGUCGUCGUUUCGAGCUUGCAUACGACGAGGAGCCAGCAGCACACACAAGGGACAGAUAUAGAAAUAGUGAAGCGCUGAAUUCAAAGCCUGCCAUGAAGGAAGCGAAUGAGGGGAAUGGACGUGAUUCCAGGUAUGGAGCUAAUCAAAAAAAUGAAAAAGUGUCGAGAUAUGGUGCUAGGACCAACUACAAAGAAAAACAGAGAGUCGAGCCCUCCCGCGGUUCAGACUCCGCUUCAAAAAACGCGGAGCUCAACAGUGAUCACGGAUCUGGGCAAGCUUCAUUUGCUGUCUCUUCCAAGGGUACUGAGCAAAAGGCCACAUCGAGAUACCAGCCCCAGACCAUCCAUCGUGGGGCUGAUAACCGAGCUUCUUUAUCGAAGUCCCCUAUACCGACCGGCCCCGCCAGGGCUCGCAACACAUUGGAGAAUCAAACUACUCGAGGUGCUGAAAGUAGAUUUGUAGCAGGAGAAAGUCGAUUCAAACGGUCACUAUCUGUUGCUAGGAAUGGGGACAGAGGAAAGUUCAGUGGAUCCUCAUCUGAAUUAGGGAAAAGAGCAAGAGAGGAAAGCAAUCAAGAACAGAUCUCUAAAAGAUCUAAAGUAGAUCCUGAAGGGCCUCGUAAUCGCUAUGGCCCACGCGCUACUAAGAGAUACGAUAAUCCGGCCGCAGUGGCCAAUCCCGAUAACCGCGACCGUGGAAAACAAAACCCUUCCAGCUACAAUAAACGUAACGACUCUUUUAAAUCAAAAUUACCAUCUGGCCCCAAGGGUGACGGUAAUCAUAGUAGAUUCGGAAAUUAA